UGUAAAUAAAUGAAAAGAUGAACGAAUUGGUGCAUUCUGACGAUGAUGAGGAAAUCAUUGAUUACGUCAACUCAGAUUUCUAUAAUAGAUCAACAGCGGAGCGAAGUGAUCAUUAUAAUGAUCUGCGAGAGAAAGCAUUCCACAGGAGAUUUCGCUUGCAAAAGGAAAGCGUUAUUUUCCUUUUAGACAAGCUUAAACCGUGGUUAGAAUGCUCAAAGAGCAAUGCAAUAUCUCCUAUGAACCAGUUACUAUGUGCAUUGCGAUUCUAUGCUACGGGUAGUCAACUCGUAACGUGUGGGGACUUCAUUGGUGUCCAUGAGUCUACUGCAAGCAGAAUCGUGCAUAAAGUUACUGAUGCUAUAGCACGUUUGUACCCAGAAUUUAUACGAAUGCCGACAGAGGUAGAAGACAUGAGGAAAGCUGCAGUGAAGUUCUAUGAAAUUGCUCGAUUUCCGCGGGUCAUUGGGGCUAUAGAUUGCACUCAUGUCAGGAUAAAGUCGCCAGGAGGGGAAUAUGCGGAAAUAUAUAGGAAUCGAAAGGGUUACUUUUCAGUAAACACCCAAGCAAUCUGUUCUGCAGAUUUAUUGUUUACCGAUGUCGUUGCAAGGUGGCAUGGGUCUUCUCAUGAUUCUCACAUUUGGGACAAUUGUAAUCAGCGCAGAUAUUUUGUUCAGGGAGCAUAUGGUGAUUUCUGUUUGCUUGGAGAUAGUGGUUAUGCUCAAACCACAUUUAUGAUGACUCCAUUAGGAAAUGUGAGUUCAUCAGCGCAAUCUCUGUACAAUGAGUCACAGAUAAGAAGUCGAAAUACAAUAGAGCGAACUUUUGGAGUUUGGAAAAGAAGAUUUCCAAUAUUGUCCAGAGGAAUCCAAGUGCACUGGAGCAGAGUACCUGGAAUUAUUAUAGCUACUUGUGUUCUCCACAAUAUUGCUCGUCAACAAGCAGAUCCGGAUCCUGUUGUCGAUGCUGAGUACCCUGCAAUGAUAGAAACUGUAGACAGCCGGAAUGAAAUACAAAAUACCAACAGUUCUUCUAGAACCUCUCCAGGAAAUCGGGCCCGUCAAGCGCUUAUAGAUCAAUAUUUUGGACGAUUAUGAAUUUUAUUGCUAAACAAA